CCGACGAGGAGGAGGUGUUCCUGGUAGCCAUCUUGGAUGUGCAGGGUGAUUGUUUAGCGAGAAGAACUGACAAAUUUAUUUCGAAAAAUAAGCCUUACUGUUGAAGUGCUGAGGAUCUGUUGGAGAUAACUGACAGAGGAACUAGAUCUCAACACGGAUAAACGGAGUGAAAGACGGCAUGAAGACAUCAUCUUAGUGAUCAGCCAUGGCCGAUAAAAGGAAACUUCAAGGGGAAAUAGAUCGAUGUCUGAAAAAAGUAGCGGAGGGAGUGGAGCAGUUUGAAGACAUUUGGCAAAAGCUUCACAAUGCAGCCAAUGCAAACCAGAAGGAGAAAUAUGAAGCAGACCUCAAGAAAGAGAUUAAAAAGCUCCAGCGCCUUCGAGACCAGAUUAAAACGUGGGUGGCAUCCAACGAGAUCAAAGACAAAAGGCAGCUAAUAGAGAACCGCAAACUCAUAGAAACGCAAAUGGAGCGCUUUAAAAUAGUUGAAAGAGAAACCAAGACGAAAGCGUACUCGAAAGAAGGACUCGGCCUGAUCCAGAAGGUGGACCCGGCGCAGAAGGAGAAGGAGGAGGUCGGCACGUGGCUAACGAACACGAUAGACACGUUGAACAUGCAGGUGGACCAGUUUGAGAGCGAGGUGGAGUCUCUUUCAGUCCAGACCAGGAAGAAGAAAGGAGACAAGGAGAAGCAGGAUCGGAUCGAGGAGCUAAAGAAGUUUAUUGAGAAGCAUCGGUACCACAUCCGAAUGCUGGAGACGAUACUAAGAAUGCUGGACAAUGAUUCACUGCAGGUCGAAGCCAUAAGGAAGAUCAAGGAUGAUGUCGAGUACUACAUCGACUCAUCGCAGGAUCCAGACUUCGAGGAGAACGAUUAUAUAUACGAUGACCUCGACCUGGAUGAAUUCCCUCAACCUUUGCUGGCCACCUCCCCACCAGGACCCUCGCACUUGGAGGACGAGAUCUUCCACAACUCCAGCAGCACACCGACCUCCACCACCUCAUCCUCACCUAUUCCUCCUUCACCUGCCACUUGCACUACAGAGAACUCAGAAGAUGACAAGAAGAGGGGACGUUCAACAGACAGUGAAGUCAGUCAGUCUCCAGUGAAGAAUGGAAAUCCCUCCUUGUCUUUAUCUUCCUCCUCCUCUUCCUCCUCCUCGUCUUCCUCCGCCUCGGGGCUCACCUCGUCCUCUCUGGUCUCUGUUGCUGGCGGAGGUAUCGGCAGCGCGGGCGGCGGUCAUCAAAGCGCCGUAGGGGGUCCUUUCUCCAACACUUCAGCUGGCAGCUACAGUAACGCCACGCAGCAGCUGCCUCACCCCUCUGUGCAGCAGCAGCAGCAGGCCAAAAACGCAGCGAGCUCUUCUGCUCCCAUCUCAAACUCCAGCUCCUCCACCAACAGCCACAGCACCUCCUCAGCGUCCUCUCCACCCAGCACACAGAUGCUCUUCCCCUCGAACUCCCAGCCUUUCACGCCGUCGGGUUCUACGGCGACCUCAAACAGCCUCGGCCUCAACCUGGGGUCCUCUCUGGGGAAAGGCUCCAUCUCCAGCAGCCCCGGCUUGUCAGGGAUGCCGGCAUCUCUGAGCACAGUGGUGGGCCUUCUGUCGAGCCCCACCCCAGCCCCCUACGCUCAGGCGGCCGCCGCAGGCACCGGCAGCUCCAGCUUGCCAGGCUCUCUGGGCGGAAUCAGCUCCACAUCGACCAACAGCGGGGUGGGUGUCAUCGGUAGCGGCAGCAUGGCAGUCGGCGGGCCGACGUCCUCGCAGGGAGGCGUGCUCGGCACGGCACCUGUUGUGGGCAGUGUCGGCUCAGGGAUUCUGGGUUUGGGUUCGGGUCAAUCAGUGGGACAGGGGUCUUCUAUAGGGUCGCAGAGCCCCGUUGGGAGCUUAGCUCCUGGAGGCGGACUAGGAGUUAUCGGCAGCAACGGAGGCAGCUUAGGAUCCAUAGGAAGUGGAGUCGGAGGAGGAAGCUCAUCUCUGUCCAUUCAACCGCCAAGCCGGCAGAAGCAGAGCAAUAGCACAGCAGGUCACAGUGCUUUGGUACCAGAUAGCAUAACAGACUCCACCCUGAACAGUGCCAGCCAAUCACAAAGCAGCCAGUCCUCAUCUUUGACCUCCACAGCCAAUCAGCUUAAGGACACUGGUCCCAGUUUGCUUAGCUCCAUGGGUUUGUCGUCCACCUCCCCGUCGCCUGCUGCCUACAGCGAAGCUAAAGCGAGUGGCGGAAGCCUUCAGAAUGGGCCGCUGUCCUAUUCGCUGUCAUCUGAAAGCAUCAAGGAGCCUCUGAGCAGAUCCAUGGCCGAGCGAGCAGCACCAAGCUCAGGGAUUGAGGGAGACGUGUCCUCCCUGCACCUUACUUCCGACAACUUCCCAAGCAGCACUACGGCCCCGUCAGGGCCCCCGUCAGCACCUCAGUCCUCCCUGUCAGAGGUCAGCAUCCUGCCAUCGCUGGGCGUCUGUCCGCUGGGGCCGGUUCCCCUCUCCAAAGACCAGCUCUACCAACAGGCCAUGCAGGAAGCGACGUGGACGCACAUGCCCCACCCGUCCGACUCGGAGAGAAUCAGGCAGUACCUCAUGAGGAACCCCUGCCCCACCCCACCCGUCCACCACCAGAUGCCUCCGCCCCAUUCCGACACUGUAGAGUUUUACCAGAGGCUUUCCACAGAAACGCUGUUCUUCAUUUUCUACUACCUGGAGGGCACUAAGGCCCAGUAUCUUGCAGCCAAGGCCCUGAAGAAGCAGUCAUGGAGGUUCCAUACAAAGUACAUGAUGUGGUUUCAGAGGCACGAAGAGCCCAAGACCAUCACUGAUGAGUAUGAGCAGGGAACAUACAUUUAUUUUGACUAUGAGAAGUGGGGCCAGCGGAAAAAAGAGGGCUUUACCUUUGAGUACCGGUACCUAGAGGACCGAGACCUCCAGUGACACGGCGGACAGACAGACAGACAGCUGGGACUUAAGAGAUGAACAGAAACAAACCAAUGAAGACUGGUGAUCCGCCUGCUGAUAUUCCUGGAUUUGACCUCAGCUCUCCUGGGGAAAGGAGACCGAAUGGCCGGAGUCGGGGUGAGGAAGGGGGGGCUGCCAGGUUUGCUAGCCCCCUUCCUCCCACCUGACCCUCCAACCCUGCCUUACCAUCCUCACACUGACAGUCCAUCAAACCCUAUCAUCUCCUUCUCCUCUAUACCUCUUUCAUAUUUUAUUUGCCUUCUUCAUCAGCAGUCAGACAUGAAACACAUUUUGUAAUCAGUUCGGCUUUUUUCAUCCUCUAACGCCGACUUUACUCUCCCUCGGUCCCAUGAGGACCACAGAGGUUUGGUGAAUCACAGAAUGAGCUAAAUUCCCUCAGAUGCUUGGUUCUAAAAGCAGCUGAGGAAGUCACCUACAUGAGGUGCAGCAGAUUGCUGCGCUGUUGUUACACAGCAGGAUCAGAAUAAGCAACUUAACAAAAACAAACCAUUUUCCACAAACAAUCUGAAUUUACAUCCUCAUCAGUGAUUGAAGAGGUUUUCACUUGUUAAAUUUAAACAGAAAACAUUGAGGUUCCACCCUGUUGCUUCCCGGAGUGUUUGUUUUCGCUUUAACAACCUGCCUUCACCUUUCCGUUAAUCUCAGCGCCGCUCCGGUGUGGGGAACCACUUAUGGUAGGUGGCACCACAGGCCUCGCUCGCUCGCUCGCCUGGUCGUGUUCCUUUUUAAAAGCCCAAAGAGCAUUUUGUGAGGUCCAAAUUUAUCCUGCCCUGCUUUACUUCCGUCAGGCCUGUGGUGGAGAGUUGCCGGUAGCCGACUGUUAGGUGGUGGGCAGCGUUACUUCACAGCCGCCAAACCGUCUGACAGAAAUAGAACAAACUUCAGGUCUCUUUCCUCUGGCGGAUCCGUUUAUGUGGAUUUAUUCACUGCAGGAUGGAGAAGCUGAAACAAAACAGUGAAAGAAAAAAUGUCCUUCCUGAACUUAACUCACUUUUUUCAGUUUUAAGGCAGAUAAACUUAUCUGGAAAUGAGUUUGUUGGUCUCAGACCUUUGUUCCUCUUCUUGGUGGAGUCAGACGGUGAAUCAGAGCAACCCGCCUGCUUUAAUAAAAUUAAAAACACAAAAUCAAAGAUUUUCAUCCAACCUACACACGUGCUUCAAAUCUAAAAAAAAAAAAUAAAAUGCAUAUAAAACAAAAAUGGCAUCAUUACUGAUCCAGGAAGACAAACUGAUCCAUCAGAACCAAAAAGUCAACUUUUUAUGCUGCUGAGCCCAGAUGUAUGUCGUCUUUUACAUGCAAAGACUAAAACCCCAGACCCUGUUUUCUCUCCCCAUCGUUUGGUUUAUUCACCUGCUUUUGUUGUGGGUGUUUCGGCGAAAGAGAUCAUGUUUACAGAGCAGCAAUUAAUCCGUCUUUGCUGUAAACCUGCAGCUUCCUUGAUGGACUGUGGGUUUGAGAUGUUACAUUUAGAGCAGGCUUUACCCACUCUGCUCUGAACUCCACCCUGUAGAGGUUUCAGGAGGAACAUUUUAGCCUUUUGCAAUGAAUCCCAAUAAGGAAAUGGUGAGUUAAGAGCCAAAUGGGACGUUUCCCUCUUUGCGGGAACAUUUUCAGACAUGUUUUCUCCUUUCUGAUGAUUCCAAACAGCAAAAAGAGAACCUGUUAGCUGGACUAGAUCAUAUUCAGCCUAAAAGCUCCAGGUGUGAAGAGUGGUGCAGGUGUUGGAUGUUAUCAGCAGCCAGAUUUGCUUUGCUCAUACAAGCCCGGCUCCCUUCCUCCUCCUCCUCCUCCUCUUCCUCCUCUUCCUCUUCUCUGUGCCAAAGAGCACAAACACCAGCAGUGCUGCCCACUCCUCCUCUGUCCUACAGGUUUCAUGUUUACACUCUGAUCCAUCCAUUUUAAUUGAAAAUAAACUCUCCCUCAUGAUACAUCCCCGACGCUCUGUCCUCCGGCUCCUUUUAGUCCAAUUCCCUCCUUCUCUGUCACACUGCUCCUCUCGUCCUCUUCAUGCCAGGUAGAUAUUUCCUUUAUUUCUCAGGAAGUAUUCAGUCGACCGAUUUUUUUGAGGAAAUGUAUCAGCCAGCACAACAAGCAAGUAACCUUUCAGCAGCAGUACAUCCGUUUUCAUUAGGGCCUCAUUUGGGAAGCAUUUGCUUGUAUUUGUACUCCCUUUUUCAUUUCAAGAAAUAAACUUUUUUUUUAUUGAAAUAAAAAAUAGACAAACAAAACAAAUAUUCUCCAAUGUUUGGAGCAGCUGUUGAAAGAGAAACCAUUGUUUUAUUUUGUAUUCCUUGUGGUAGAUUGUUUAUUACAUUUUCUUUGUCCCGAAGUAAGAAAAUCAUUUUAAGGAUUGAAGAGAAAAAAAAACCGGGAAACUUUUUAAAGUUCGCUUUCUUCUGGACGGGAGUUUGGGUCAUUUUUAAAGGCCAAAACUAGAAGACCAGACACAAAACCCCGACACCUGUUCACUUGACUGACAGUCCUGCUUUUAAACCUCUUUUGUUUACUGAUUUUUGACGAGUGGACGGGAUGAGAGCUCGAGCCCAAAUGUGAAUCUCUCUCUCUGCUUCUUGUCAAAAAGUGUUGAAUAGACUCUCAUUCUUUAAACUUCUCCUUUUUGUUUUGUUCAUUUUUGUUUCUCUGUUUGUUGUUGUUGUCGUCAGACAGCAUGAAAUAAUGACACUUUCAAAGUGUGGAAAAAGUAAAUAUUGACAUAACCAUGAUAAAAGGAUUGUAAAAUAUAAAUAAAAGAAUAACUUUUCAGAA